CUGACUGACAAUGAGUGCACUCAGGGCUUUCCGGGCUGCUGACCUCUUCAAGUUCAAUAACAUCAACCUAGAUGUAUGGACAGAAACAUAUGGCAUUAGUUUUUACUUGUCCUAUCUCACUCGAUGGCCAGACCUCUGCUGUGUGCAGGAGGCUCCCAAUGGCCGUCUCAUGGGCUACGUAAUUGGGAAAGCGGAGGGCCAGGGACUCGAAUGGCACGGUCACGUCACAGCACUCACCGUCGCCCCAGAAUACCGCCACCUCUCCCUCGGUCGCAAACUCAUGAACCUCCUCGAACUCGUCUCAGACGAAGCAUACCGUGGCUUCUUCGUCGACCUAUACGUUCGCUGUAACAACGCGGUUGCCAUCGGCAUGUACGAGAAGCUCGGAUAUAGUGUGUAUCGCCGUGUCCGGGAGUAUUAUGGGUCUGCUGGACCUGGGAAGAGAGACGAGGAGGAUGCUUUUGAUAUGCGAAAACCACUUUCUCGAGAUCCGUCGAGACGAUCUGUUCGACCGAAUGGGAAGGACCUAAUUGUCAGCGCACACGAUGUAUCUUGACCAUAGAAAUUUCUCCAAAUACAUUACUUUUACA